AUGCCACCCGUGCCAAUCCAAAUAGCAGCCGCCAACGGCGGUUCAUCUCCCUCUUCCACCACCUCCACUUCUACCUCUACUUCUACUUCUUCGUACACCCGCUCGUCGAGCUCGAUCGCUGCUCAGCCACCAGCUUUGCCUGUUACCACCACUACUAGUAGUACUAGUACGACCCGCCGCGGCAGCCCUACGCCGACGUUCAGCGACGAUCGGGAAAACUACCACCGUGUCGAGUUUGAGGCGCCACUUUCAGCCGGUGUCGAGGGUGCCGGUGUCCAGCAGCAACAACAAGCGCAACUUGCACAAGGACGCUUUUCUAUCGACUUGAGUCUGGAAUUGGAACGCGAAUUGGAGAAUAUGGAGAGUCCGCCUGUUACGCCUGUUAAUCAUUCGGCGAGGAAGGGGAGAGCGGGGUCGGAUGCAUCGCACGUUAGGCGGGAGGAUAGUGUGAAGCAGGAGGGUCACGCUGACGACCCUGCACCCGACCCGGAGAUUUUGGCGCAUAUUAUCACGCAGCUGAGACGGUCGUUGGCUGAGAUGACGAAGGAGAGGGACGACUUGCUCAAGAUGAUGGAGGAUGCUACGAGAAGAGAGGCGGAGGCUCAGGAUGCGCUGCAGAUUAUGACGGAGAAAGCGACGGCGGCGGAAGAACAGAUGAUGGAAAUGAGACGUAAAAUGAAAGAAGACGAGGAUCAGAUAAGUCUGCUCAGGACAAAAGUCGAGGAAAGCAGGCGAGGGCUUAUGCGACUCCAGACGGAGAAGCGGCAGAGCAUGACGCCUAUUGACAUUGCUCGUGCGUCUGGCGCGCUGGCGUCGUUUGGCAACCAGCCUUCGUCAAAGCGUGCUUCAUUCGUUCCUUUGACGGGUUCUGGGAGACAGAAUGGGCAUAAACGCAUAUCCUCCGUCAACGAUUCGAGCUUUGGCGCAUUCCCCACUCCGGAUAUGACACCAAGUCCCAAUGCCCAUGCAUUCAAUAUCGCAGCGACCGAGGCGAUCCUCUCAGGCGCACCAGCCUCUAGCGGCUCACGACGGUUUUUCGGACGCCAAUCGCCGGAUGGCGACGGUCUCCACUCGGCUGCCUCCGCUGAUUCUGCGGCGGCUGCCACCGCGGCCGAAAUGGUAGCCAUGCGCAAGGAACUCCAGGCUGUCAAAGACGAGCUGGAAAUGGCUAAACACGAUCUCAUAGAGGCCAAAGAGGCCAAAGAAGCUUCCGAGACCUGUGUGACGGCGCUGAGAGAAUUUAUUGCGGAAAACAACGUCGGAGCGGCUGUGGGAGGAGAGGGCGCGCCUGCGCAUGUGAAGCUCCCUCCUCCGCCUACGAUGGCCACGGGGGAAGAAGAAUAUUCGGAUUCCAAGAAGACGGGUACCGGGUGGGGCUUCAAAUUGUGGGGGAGCAGUAGUAGCAAUAGCAGUGGGAGCGGCAGCAAUGGCAAUGAUUCAAGUUCGGGUGCAGGGCCGUAUUCCGCCUCGGUGACAGCGUCGCCCAUGCUGCCGUCCUCGUCCGCCGCUUUGGCACACUCACCUGCGUCUGCAACACCGAUUGGGACGGCGGCGGCGACCGCGCCGCUGUCGCGCAAAUUAGGUGGGUUUUUCAGCUCUCGGGUGAGUACGUCGUCGAGCGAUUCGCGGGAACAGAGCCGGACACCGUUGCCCCCGCCGUUGGUGUUGCCGCAGCUGCAGACGAAUGCGGCCGCCACGCGAAUGCCGUCGCAGCGUGAUUCGAUGUACAGCUACUCGGAUGCGUCGAGUGUGGCGGAGCCUGUGAGUCCUGGGAGUGAUAUUAAUGGGUUGGGCACGGCGGGGUACGUAAAGACUGCGGCGGGGUUUGAGAAGGUGGGCGUUGUGGCGGAGGAAGAGAUGCAAGGUGGCAUCACUCCUGUACAUGUUUCUAUGUCCACCAUGGAUUUGGAAGGGCUGCGAUAA